GGACGCGGUGGCGGCGCGGCCCUAGCCCCGGCCCGGCGGACCCGCCCCGGGAGCGGGCGGUACCGGGCCGCCCCCGGCCGCGCUGACAUCAGCCGUGAAAAGGGCGCGGGCGGCGGCAUCCGCCACUGCCGCCCCGGGACCGCGGGAUCGGCGCCGCAGACACCCCCGCACACCGUCAGCAUGGCAAACCGGGGACCAUCAUACGGCCUCAGCCGGGAGGUGCAGCAGAAGAUCGACCGGCAGUACGACCCCGAGCUGGAGCAGAUUCUGGUGCGGUGGAUCGUGGCGCAGUGUGGCGGGGAUGUCGCGCAGCCGGCACCUGGCAGGGAUGGCUUCCAGCAGUGGCUGAAGGACGGCACCGUGCUGUGUCGGCUCAUCAACAGCCUGCACCCACGGGGCCAGGGGCCAGUGGCCAAGAUCCAGGCAUCCGCCAUGGCCUUCAAGCAGAUGGAGCAGAUCUCGCAGUUUCUGCAGGCGGCUGAGCGCUACGGCAUUGCUGCCACAGACAUCUUCCAGACCGUGGACCUCUGGGAAGGGAAGAACAUGGCGUGCGUGCAAAGGACCCUGAUGAACCUGGGCAGCCUGGCUGUGGCCAAGGGCGACGGGCUCUUCGUGGGAGACCCCAACUGGUUCCCCAAGAAGUCGCAGGAGAACCGUCGCGUCUUCUCUGAGGACAAGCUGAAGGAGGGGCAGAGCGUCAUCGGGCUGCAGAUGGGCACCAACCGGGGCGCCUCGCAGGCCGGCAUGACGGGCUACGGCAUGCCCCGCCAGAUCCUCUAAGCGCCUGCGCCGACCCCCCAGCUGCCCCCGGCGCAGCUCCCCCGGGCCCUGCCUGCCAGGGGCACCCCAGGGCUGGCCCCCAAACUGCCUUAACACCUGCCACGGGGACCAGCCGGGUGCCCCCUGGCCUGGGCACUUGCCCCCCUGCCAGUAUUUCCGGGACCAAAGUCUUCUUUUUAUUAUUAUUUGGCUGGGUGCAGGCGGGGAGCUGCUGCGCUGCCCCCCCAUGACACUGCACCCACACACCCCCAGUGCCUUGGGGCCGUGGUGCCCCCCCAGCCCUGCUGCCGGGGGGGGGGCACCCCCCCGUGCCACAAUAAACGGCUCUUCUUUCUA